AUGAACUACGGUGGGAAUAUGCCAGAUUGGCACCAGUAUAACACCUCGCAGACAAAUGAAGUUACACCUUCGACGCAAAAUGUUAAUUCUGGUCACCUUGCAUACAUUCCUGGUGUCAGUCCAUCGACACUGAAUGCAAUUAGUCUUAAUUCAGAGGGUUUGAACAAACAUCAGAACAAUACUAAUUACAAUCCAAGAAAUUAUCAAUCUUUCAACAAUGUAUCAAAUAACUCGGCCAUACCGAAUAACAGUCCCCUUGCAUCUAUGGUGCAAAUGCAGAAUUGCAUUGGCCAUUAUGGCUCUCCAAAUACGAGAAAUCCGAUGUUGGAUAACAUAAAUGCUUCUGUAGAUCCUAGGAACACCACGAUCGGAACUGUAAAUGAUGACAUAGGAUAUAGAAGCAAUCAAGGGCCUUUCAAUGGACCUAUUGGUCAUUUAAAUGGACCAAACUGCAAUUUGAAUGUGUCAACUGGACCUAGAACAGGACCUGGGCCUGUUCAUGGAGCUAGAACUAAUUCUGGACCAGGACUUGGAACCAAUCCUAAUAAUGGAACUGGUCCUGGCCCUAUGUACGGACCUAAUUCUAGACAUGGACCUGCAUCAGUAUCUGGUUCAGGUUCUGGACCUGGAAAUAUGGGGCCAAGAAGCACUAAUGUCGGUCCACCACCACCUCCUGGAAAACCUGGACCAUCUUCUUCAUGUAUUCCUUGUAAAGGAAUGUGUUGCAAUUCAGAUCCAAACAUUAAUUAUCAACAAUGGGAGAAAUUCGGAUCCUAUCAGAACAAUGGUUCAUACAGAGAUAAUGUGCAUCCAUCGAAUUAUCAAAUUGAAAAUAGACAUUUCGGAAAUAACUGUAAUUUUAGGAAAGAUAAUCUAGAUGGUAAAGAAGUAAUGGGUCCUGUAAUACCCAAUGCGUCCACCGCAGAUCAUAGAAGAAACUUUGCAGAUUACAAGUAUCACAAAGAUCAUUUAGCGCAUAGAAAUUACUCAACAUCUUCGGGAAUGUUCCACAAUUACUCCAUGCAAGGUUACAAUUAUUCUACAGAGCACCAGAAGUAUCCUUAUCCUGUAAAAGAACACACAAAAACGAACAACAUGAACGUGCAGAAUUCAGGAAUGCUUAAGCAUCAGGAACAAAAUUUCAUGGCCCAACAAAAGUUCAACAAUAAACAAUUUCAGUAUCAAAAUGGGAACAUGAUACCCAAAGGGAUCUCUACUUUAAAUGUAAACGCGAAUAUGGCAUCGUCUUCUCAAAACCCGUACUUCAACUCCCAAUAUCCGAGGAACAUUUCCACAGAAAUUUCUCACGAAUGCCAAGAAACCACCGAUAAUACUUCAAUGAUGAAUAGAAUGCAGGGCACCCUUAUACACAAUUCUCCUUCACAACAUCAAGUGUAUCAACAAAAAAUAGCAAUGCAAAAAUUUUCAAUAGAAAAUCACCUUCGAGAACUAGGUAGGAUACCUGGUUAUCAAUCACACCCCAAAUACAAAGAAUGUAUCCUCAGAUACAGAGAAAUAUUAAAAUUACAACAAUCCUCUGGCUACCAAAGUCCAGUUCAACAAAUUCCGCGUGUAGCAACACCGGCAAAUACCUCAAUGCCGCCUAUUAAUUUGCAGUUUGACCAAAAUGGUAUGUUAAUAAAUUCCAGUUAUCUACCAGAUAAUUUUCCUAAGUUACAGCACGCGUCAACUGUGGAACAAGCACCGGAAAACAUGGAUAGGCAAACUAAAGACCAGGAUAUUGUCAUGGAUAACGAAAAAUGCCAGCAGUCGCAGCAGUCACAGCAAUUAAUGAUUCCUCAACAAAAUGAACAUGUUCCUUCCUCUUGUGCAGAGACAUUUCAAAAGCAGAGUCAGUUCUCUAUACACAAGGACUAUAAUCAAAAUCAACUGAAAGUACAAACAAGCGAGAGUCACAGCUUUAAUAUUUUAAGUACUAAUAGUAGCAACGAAACGAUGCAACAGAAAACCUCUAAAGAGUUUGCUAAUAAACCGGAUUUAGACGUAAGACAGUUUCUGGCUAAUUGGGAUGAAACUGACGACGAAGAGGGAACGACGAACCUACCGGAUACGAUUCUGAGUGAAACAACUCCAGUUGUUGUGGUAAGCUACGAAAAUAUAGAUCUUUCAUCGAAAACACAGCAAGGCACCGAGGUUACAAGAAAAAAUAGUUUCUGCUCGGACGAAACUUUAGAAAGUGGUAAAGAUGGUAAAACAAAUAUAAUAACAGCCCAAGAUUGCUUGACAAUAUCGUAUUCCUCGUCUGACAAUUCUGAGAUUCCUAAAACUUCUGAAAGAACAAUUAGAGAAGGUGUGGUAAAGCCUGGAAGUAUCAUACAUUGCAUCAGCAAUGGUCCUGAUGAAAUACCCACGAUUCACAUAGUGGACAAUUUAGAAAUAAGAACACCUAAUGAUCAAGUUAUACAGACUUUGGAGAAGCAAAAGACAAUACCAUUUUUCAGAGAAUCGAGCAACAAUGAAACGAUGGCUCUCGAAGAUACAGAACAGGACAAGGAUAGUGUUCAUAUAUUGUCUGCUAAUUACACCACAUCUUUGAGUAAUGUGGAUAAGGAUACAAAUAUAGAAGAUUCCAAUAUUUCUGAAACAACUACAAUUUCAAUGAACAAUCAGGAAUUGAGAGUUUUAUCAACUUCACAGAAAGAUAAUCUGGGCGUUAGUGAUAAUAUGGAAUUGAAGAAGCAGCAUAGCUUUGAAGAAUCUCAUAAUCCUGAUGAUAUUAGUUUACCAGAUUUACCAGAGUGUACGCCAAUAUCUACUACACUAAACACCCCUAUUCAUUCGGACACUGAAGAAUCUUCACAGAACAUGGAAGACUUAUCAAUAUCCACAAAUCCGAUAGAAGUGAUGCAAAACAGUCCAGUAAUCAGUUUUACACAGCUGAACAGUGAGAAUAAAGUAAAGAACAUAUCUCUUGGUACUAUAGAGUUGGAAUUUCAAAAGGAAAAUCGUUAUAAGAAUAAUGAGCAUACCAAUAGUGAGCAUAUGCAAGAGGUAGGCAAUUUCGAAUUGUCUGGCAACUUGAAGGCAAAAUCGAAUGAAGCGAUUAAGAAUAAACAGCUGAAAAAUCUUGGGAUCAAUGCUGUAAGAAAAAAAGUGUGCUUGAUAGAUGGUAAGGAGAAUAAUACCAAAAUUCUUGAUACAUGUGCUGUUUUAACGUCCAUGGAGUAUGAGCUGGAUAUUCGGCAAAAAGUUGUUGAAAGCGAGAAGAAUUCAGAUCGUGACUCUUCUGAUUAUACACAUGAAAAAGAACACAAAAGCGUUAGUAGAUCGACGGAAGCGAUAAAACAUGGAGUACAAAGAAGCGAGUCUGACGAUAACAUCGGUUCUAACAUGAAUUUAAGCCCAACGGUGUCUGAUAACGAGUCCCAGCCAUCAAAAAGCGACAAAGAAAUGUUUAGAAGAAGAAAGGUAAAGACUUCAACUGUAUCUACAAACACCAACUGUCUAAUACCCUCUGAACUUGAUCUAAAUAUUAGGAAAAGAGCCAAAGAAGCAACAACCUGGGAAGAUAAAUGCAUAGACAAAUACGUAGAUAGAGAUUUAAGUCAGAAAAGAGAUGCUGAUCACUUGAAACAAUCAAAAGUUUCUGACACGAGGAAAUUCGAUGAUUCGAGCUCAUCCCAAGGCGGAGAGCACUCUGUGUGCCAUAUAACUUCUCAAUAUAAACACCAUUCUGCUGCUGUGAUAAAAGACAUUUUAAGUGAUAAAAAAACGCACGGCAUCACAGACAGGAUCAUGAAUGAAAAAUCACCUGAGUUCCCAAGUAAGAUGAACAAUACAAAUACCAAAGAUCUUCCUGAAGAGGUGGAAAUUAGAAAACGGCCAUCCAGCAAAACAGUUUCAACGUUGCACGAAAGUAUUCAGUCUCAGACUUCUAGGUUGUUGCAGAAAGAUUUGAAAGGUGUCGAUGGAGACGUCAGGUACACUGCAGAGGAAAUGCGUUUGCUGAAAGAGUACAGAAAGAAGAAGGAUAAGUUGUAUCAGGCUUGUAAUGCACACGAUGAUAACAAGAAUGAGAAAACAAAAUCUAAGAGCCACAAGUUAGGGGACAAGUUAUGCUUGGAGCAGAACUCUAUAUCUUCAAUAGUUAGUUUAAAUUCAGAGAAUUUGGCGACGCAGGAAGAAACAAAAAGCCACUCGUGCUCGAAAAGUUUAAUAAAGAAUACCGACUUCGGCAUUCAAGUUGCCAAUGUAAAUUUAAAAAUUAAAGACAACGAUAUUGGCAAGGAGUUAAUCCUCGGAGAGAAGAGCCAGGAACACGCGAAAGACCCUCUGGAAGGGAUUAAAAUCGAAAUCAAUGUAUCGUGCACAGAUAGAAACGUGAAAGGGCAGGAGCAAAAUAAACGAUUACUGUACGAUGAUCGUAGCCUGUACGAAAUCGACGAUUCACUCUCUCACUCAAAUACGUUGGACUGUCAACGUAAAUUACACACCAAGGAACAACCCAAUUCAAAGCUAUCCGAAAGAGCUCACAAAGUGUUUGAGAAAUCCGACGCGAUAGUUGAUGUUGUCGAAACGAAUCAGAGUAAAAGAGAGGCGGAGAAGAAUUUGAGAAUAACAAUCAAGAAAGAUAGGAGAACUUCGUCAGAGGCAAACGAGGAAAUGGACUCCAUCGUUCCUAAAGAAGCAUGUAGUUUAAUUUCAGAAAGUCAGUCUUUCAGCAAAUCUUCGCGCAGCAACAUAUUCUGUAAAGAUGUAUCGAAGGCCGAGGUAAUCAAGGAUAAGGAGAAAAGUGCAAUAUCAAAUAUUGCCACAGUCGAUCCAAAUAAUAAAGUUAAGGGGAAGAAUAAAUCUGAGGACGAUAAGGAAGGGAAUCGUGCGCGUGAAAAUGACGACCGAGUGGUAAGGAUGCAAAAGCAAAGUUCCACGAGUUUCAUGAAUAUUUCAGGCGUGAUGGAAAAAGAGGUAGCAAGCGUACCUCAUUCGAAAGCUUCUGUGAAACUGCAAGAAAGCAACUUUGUCGAACUAAGAAACAAAUCGUUAAAUAAUCUGAAUAAUUUGGACUUGAAGUUUGGCAGGUAUUCCGAGUUAGAUUUAGAUCGUGAUCGUCGUGUCGCUGAGGAAUUAGACGAGGAUAAGUACUACACGGGUAAAUGGAAGAAGCCAAAGAUAGAUGACAUUUUAGAAGACUGUGACAUGUUCCAAAGUAGCAGCGGGUACGUAAAUCCGAUAUUCUCAAGCAUAGAAAAGCUGGAGAAUCUGCACACAGUUCCUGUAUAUACUACCAAAGACGGAAAGAUAUCCUAUAGCCCUAAUCGAAGAUUCACCUAUCAUGAACUAAUGAUGGAGGCUCGUAGGCGAGAGUCCUAUUCCUCUGUAAAGAAGGAUACUUGGAACAGCUAUUACAACUCGAAAUUCCGCAAAAUGAACAAGAGGAAACGGCAUCAUGAUCUUAGCGACAAGAAGAAGUACGAAUAUAAGAGUACCAAGUGUCUUUAUGAUAGGAAAAAGAAUUAUUCUGAUGAAUUUUAUGGCAAAAAUCAUGUUAAAUAUAAAGAUUAUAUACACAGUAUUAGAAACGAUAAUGCCAUUUGGUCUGAUCAUUGUAAAAUGGAUAAAAUGUAUAGUAGCAGUGAUUCUGAUGAUCAGAUUAUAGAUCAUAGCAAAAAUCACAUUACCGAGAUAAAUAAUAGUAAGAAAGAUCAGAUUAUAGAAAAGAAAGGUAUAACUAUCUCUAAAUUACAGAAAGAUGAUAUUUUUAUCAAUGAAUUAGACCUAGAAUCUAAGAGUAAAGAAAAUGUAGCUGAUAAACCUUUGAAUAAAGACAAAGAUAUGGAUUUAGAAGAAACACAAAUGAUUCAGUUUCAAAUCCUUGAUAUGGAAGAGAAUAAUGAAAAUUGUAAAAAUGUUAAUAAUAAUUGUGCAGAUAAUUAUAUAUCUAGUGGACAAUCGGAUAUUCCAUCAACAUCUGUACAAUUGACUCAAGAAAAACAAACUGUGGAAUAUAGCGUUAAUGAAUCUUCAAUAUUAAAUGAUUCAGCAAUCACGUCGGAAAAUGUUCAAACAGUUGAAGACAAGAAUCCGAGUAAUCAAACUAUUGAUAAAAUUGAAACUCUUAAUAAAAUUAAAAGUGAAGAGAAAAAUGUAGUUACAAAGAUUGAAUUGCUUAAUAAAGCAUCUUUAUUGGAUGAGCGAGUUAGUUUAUAUGAUCCUGAAAGGAGAAAAGAUGAUGAAAAAACUAUUUCAGAGGUAGAUAUUACAGAGCAAGAAGCAGAACAGAAAAAAGAAAUUAACAUAAAUGUAUCUGAUAGUCAAACUUUUCUAGAAUCUGAAAAUAGCUUUGAAAAUAUAAAAGAUACAGAAAGUAAUAACAAAUCAGAAACUAAUCAAGUUGACAUGGUUGGCAUAUUAGAGUUUGAAAAUGACAUAACAAAAAAGGUUUUAAAUCCUCAAACAGAUUUUAAUGAUAUGUUUGACCAAGUUUCACAAGAAUCUUUGGACUUAGAAAGACAAAAGGACACAUUUAAUGAAAUUGUUGAAGAAUCUGAAGAGAAUAUUAAUGAAGAAAAUAUUUUAGAGUGUGAAGAAGAGAUUGUGCAAUUUAGUGAAGAAGUUGAAAUUCCAAAUGAAGAAGUUGUAAACAAAGCAGAAAAAGAAGAUAAUGAGUAUUUAGAGAAUUCAAAUAAUGAUAAUUUGUCGACAGACACUUCUGCAAUGAAUCAAGAGGAAUCCGAAUCUCAGGCAAUAUUAACAGAGAAAAUAAUUGAUCAAGGAGAUAAUUCAAAACACAUUUCUGUUGAGCCUAUUCAACAUCAAGAUAAUAUUGAUAUAAACUCUGACCAAAUAAAUACAAUUACCGAAGAAAAAAAUUUUACUGAUUUUUCAAAAACUGAAAUUUAUCUUGAAGAUGAAAAUAUUACAAACAAUAUUACAGAUAUUGUAUCAAGCAAAGGUGAGAUAGAAGUUAUUCUAUCAAACAUAGAAGAAAUUUCAGUGAAACAAAUAAUAACUGAUCAUUUAAAAAAUGAAAGUGAACCAAAUGAUUUGCCGACUAUCCUUGAACAUGAAACAAAGUCCGAUCAAGACACUUUUGAAGAUAAAGAGAUGCAUAUUCUCGAUACAUGUUGCUCCAUUAAAAACUCUCUAAUUACAGAUGUCGAAAGUAGUAAAGAUAAAACUGAAGUGGAUGAACAGAAAGAAGAGCAAAUUACUCUUGAACAAGUUCCUUGCAAAAGUUUGGCUCAUUUUUCAGAUAGCAAUAUCGACAUGAAAACAAUACCUAAACUGGUUAUAAAGAAAACUGAUACGCCAAAUUCGAAAUCGGCUUGCUCAUUGGAUUACACAGAAAUUUCUGAAAACUGCGAUAAAUACGAUGCAAAAUUAUUAUCUGAACUACAUCCAAAAAUACCAAAAGUGAUUAUCACUAAGAAUAGAUCACGUUCAGCAACUCCAGUUGAAAUUUUUCAGAAGACUAAAUCUGAUAAAAUGCAAUUUGUUCUUCCAGAACAGAACGAUGAAAGCAUGGAUGUGGAUAAUAGCAGUUUUGAAUCAUACACUUUAAAGUACAACAAUUGUGAGAAUAAAGUACCUAAGGUGAGGAUAAAGUUAGAGGAUAUAUCAUCUAAGGAUUUAAAAAUGUACUUGAAACGCAAAGAUACUAAGAAAAGAAUUCCAAAGAUGAGAAUCAAAAAACUUAAAACGCAAGAAAGUAAAAGAAUUGAAACGAAGGACAGUUCAGGAACAGAAGGCACCGAUUCUGAUGAAAAUAAGAAUUUUCACGAAUUAAUGUCCAGUGAUACAGAAAUUGAAAGAACACCGAAAUCAAAGUUAAAAAAACAAGAAGACAGAUCUUGGUCACCUGAAAAAAAUAAAGGGAAAAAUUCUAAUAUUCCUAAAAAGACUAAAAGAACAAAAGAAGAGGAUUCAAAACACACUGCCAAGUAUGAUACGGCAAUUAGUGAUGAAUUAAAGAAAAAGUUUCCUCAAUGCAUCAUUGAAAAGAUUCCCAAGGUUAUAAUAAAAAGGACUCAGAUUGGUACAGAAUUUAAGUGUGAAAUCAGCAAAAGUAAAAAGACUUCGAUCAUUGAAACAUCUAAAUGGCAACCAAAAGUAAAAUUACAAAGAUUAGAUGUUCUGGAUCAUAUGGUGAAAGAUCUAAAGCAAUCAAGAAUCACAUUAAGCGAUAAGUUUGAUUUGUCUGCAAGAAUGAAAAAUAUUAACAAUGAGGAUACAAUUGACAACAGUAAAGUAAAAUUAUCGAGAUCUAAUUCGGUGUCUAAUUUGUCUCCUGCUAAAUACAAACAAAGAAGAUUUUCAGACUCUAGUUACAUGAAAGUUAACACAAAGUCGAACAUUGAAUUCGAGAAUAAUUUAGAUGAAACUGAUAAUGCAGCUAUUUUUAAAUCAGAUGAUAGUGAAAGUAAAAAUAUUAGGAAGAAAGAGAAGAGAAAAAUAUUCUCUGAGAGUAAACAACUAUAUCAUAGUCAGAAUAAUGAGAGCGAAAGUGAAAUGGGAGAAAUUAUAACGAAACAUUCUUUUCGAAAUAUUCUGACGAACGAAGACAACGAUAUGAUGGUUGUGAAGAAAGAAUACUCGUCUUUUGACACCAAGGAGAGCACACCUCUUAUAGAAGACAAAUUUUUAGACGCUGCCAUCCGUUCGCAUAAUUAUAACGAUAAUAAUAGUUCUAUAAUUAAAGUCGAUUCCUCAGAUGAAAGUCAAACUACAAUAGAAAUUUUGCCAGCAUCACCGAACAGCGAUGAUGAAACUAAGAAUUUUGAAUUUGAGAGCUUCAAUAGAAUGGAUAUGACAGACGCAAUGCCAACUCAAUUGGAAUUAGAAUUGGAACUUAUUGACAAUAACAACACAUGUUCUGAAGUAUUUAUGUCAGAAAUAGAUUAUGCAUCACAUUCUAAAAGCAAGUACAGUAAUGAAGGACCAACUAAGACGUUCUUCAAUGAAUUUCAACAAAAUACCUUUGAUCAAAAUAAAUAUACUUUCUUAAUGAAGAAGCAACAUUUUGAAGGAAAUACAAAUGAUAAUUUUUAUUGCAAUGACUUGUUAAUUAAGGAAGUAUUAGCUGCUAAGGAAACGUUAAAAAAAUGUUUAACAAGAUCUGAGACUGAAGAUGUGGAAAGAUCAACGUCACAAUCUAAGACCGUAGCUGAAAAGAAACAAGGCUUAAGUUUCAGUUUUAAGGAUCUUGGCAAAUCCUCAGACAAAUCUGAAGAAACAUGUUUCAGUAGUCAGAAUAAUAAAAUGAAAAUAGGUGAUUUUCCCUGUGAUAUGGAGACGGAGGAGGUUGAAGAAGAUUGUUUCAAGCAACAUGAAAUUUAUUCUAUAGACUGCCCUACAGUUUCUAUGCAUAGAAAUAGUAAUAUACCAGAUCCAACUACAAUUUCUUUGAAAUCUUCUAAGACAUCCAUGAAUAAUUCUGAUUUAUCAAACAAAUGCAAUAGCAAUGCAGAAAAGUUGCAAGAGACCAAAUCUGUGAAGAAAAUUAAUAGUAGCAGUGACAGUCAGAAAAAUAAUGACAAUUCAAACAACACAAAGGUGAAAGAAAACAAUAUGCCAUUAUUAGUACCAGAGUUUGUUUUAAAUUUUGAUUCCGGCUCAGAUAGAGAUAGCUCUAGAUCUCCGCCUGUUAUAACAAAUCAAGAAGGAGUUGAACAUGUAGUAGAAGAUGCAAAAUUGGUGGAAAAUAAAGUGAUAAGUCAAAUUGAGAAGAUAGAAGAGAAUAAGAAACAUUCCUAUAAAAACUGUGAAAUGACCAUUGCUGAUAUUAUAACACAAUUAGCUUAUCAUGAAAAGGCAACAAUAAAACAUAAAAAAUACUGUAAUUUGUGUGAAAGAUGGUUUCCUACAACUUCGCGACAUCGUCGGCAUUUAGCUGGAUACCAACAUCGUUAUAUGGAAUUAACCCAGCGUAAAAGUAUUCACGCGCUUUUUAUUCUGUUUACUGGCAAACCUUGCCCAAGACUUUUGCCAGCAAACGUAAUUCGCAAUGACUGUUCCAUAGGAGAAUUGACGCCUUUGCAAAUUGCUGUUCAGGAUGUUGCAAAAUGCGUUGAAUAUAUACAACAGAGUCAUAAAACGAAAGAAUAACAGUAACAAAUUAUUAUAUACAAGUUACUUUGGUUGCAUAGAUGCAUUUCCUGUGAUUACCUAUAUUGGAACAAUGUGGUGUGAUGUGAGUACUAUAAAAAAUGUACUAUAAUGAUAAACACAAAAUGAAUUCUAUAAUUCUUUUAAUCUCAAUGGAAUUGUACAACUUUAGUAUGAUUACCAUUGAAAUUGAUAAUUAUACUGUAUACUAUUAUGAAUAUACAUAUACAUAUAUAAAGACAAUGAAAUUAACAUCUAUGAACUUUGCAAAAAAAAAGCUUUGUUGAUUGAUGUUAAUUGUUAAAAGUUACUUGAAAGAAAAGAAAUUACUUUAAGUGGUUAAAUAUUUAGCCAAAGAUCAUAACAAAAAAAAUAAAUAAAUAUAUAUGUUAGAUUAUUUAUAGUUUUUGAAGACUACACAGUCUUUUAUUUGUACAAAUGAAGAUAUGAAUAAUAUCAUAGAUAAAUGUGCAUUAUAAAUUUUUAUUUAUAUCAUGAAAAGACUUAUAUAUACAAUGUAUAAAUACAUAUAUAUAUAUAUA